CGGGCUGAUACCUUUAAUCUCCAUUGUCAGUAUGAAGAGGACGGUUUGUAGAGGGAAUUCUUGACAAAUCACUGCCAUGCUUAUGUUACAUCUCCUCAGUGUUAUUGCUCUUAUCACUGUGCCAUUGAAGCGCCAUCAUUGCGCUAAUGCGUUAUCAAAUGGGACAGUUACAACCAACUCCUCCCAGUUCCCAUAUCAGGGCUUCAUAUUUUAUAAUGCCGAUAUUGGACAAAUACCAGUCUGUAAUGCAGUGAUUAUUAAUAAUCAUCAGGUUCUUACUACAGCCAGCUGUAUCUCAUCUGCGAACUCCUACUCUUUAUCAGACCUCAUCCUGAUGGCAGGCACAGCAGAUUUAGAUACUGCUGACUUCUACAACUUCACUUCAUCGCAAGAACAUCCUGAUUACAACAGUACUACUUACUACCAUGACCUCAUCAUACUGCAGACAGAAAGGGACUUCAAAAUCUCUAAAAAUUUGUCAGCUGUUGAUCUCACGCAAUCUACCUCUUACGAAAACUGUUACAUAAGCAGCUGGUCUAUAAACGAUACGGUGUCAGAGUUACUAUACAGCCAAGUGUCUGUGAACUCGCAUUGUCAAACCGAUACCGACCAAAUUUUCUGUGCAGGAGAUGUGUCUGAUGUGGAUGACAGAGGGAGUCCUCUUGUGUGCAAUGGAGUGCUCAAAGGAAUCAUACCAGGUGUACCAGAUAUUGGACUCUUUACCAACAUAUCAACAAACUAUAAUUGGAUAGUCAAUCCAUCAUCAUCAACAACAACAUCUACCACUGAAAAAACCACCACAACAUCAACCAGACUACCAACUACCACAACAUCUACACCUGAACCAACUACCACAACAUCUACAGCUACACCAACUACCACAACAUCUACAGCUAUGCCAACUACCACAGCAUCUACAGCUACAACAACCAUCUUAACAUCUACAGCUGAACCAAUUACCACAACAUCUACAUCUACAUCUACAGCUACACCAACUACCACAACAUCUACAGCUAUACCAACUACCUCAACAUCUACAGCUAUACCAACUAUCUUAACAUCUACAGCUGAACCAAUUACCACAACAUCUACAGCUACAGCUACACCAACUACCACAACAUCUACAGCUAUGCCAACUACCACAACAUCUACAGCUAUGCCAACUACCACAGCAUCUACAGCUACACCAACCACAUCAACAACAACAUCUACAUCUACAGCUACACCAACUACCACACCAUCUACAGCUAUGCCAACUACCACAACAUCUACAGCUAUGCCAACUACCACAGCAUCUACAGCUACACCAACCACAUCAACAACAACAUCUACCACUGAAAAAACCACCACAACAUCAACCAGACUACCAACUACCACACCAUCUACAUCUAUGCCAACUACCACAACAUCUACAGCUAUGCCAACUACCACAGCAUCUACAGCUACACCAACCACAUCAACAUCUACAUCUGAACCAAUAAUUACAACAUCUACAUCUACAGCUACACCAACUACCACAACAUCUACAGCUAUACCAACUACCUCAACAUCUACAGCUAUACCAACCACCUUUACAUCUACAGCUGAACCAAUUACCACAACAUCUACAUCUACAGCUACACCAACUACCACACCAUCUACAGCUAUGCCAACUACCACAACAUCUACAGCUACACCAACCACAUCAACAUCUACAUCUGAACCAAUUACCACAACAUCUACAUCUACAGCUACACCAACUACCACAACAUCUACAGCUAUGCCAACUUCCACUACAUCUACAGCUACACAAACCACAUCAACAUCUACAUCUGAACCAAUAACUACAACAUCUACAGCGGAACCAAUUACCAUAACGUCGACAGCUACACCAACUACCUCAUCAUCUACAGCUACACCAACUACCACAACAUCUACAGCUACACCAACUAUCACAACAUCUACAGCUACACCAACUACCACAACAACUACAGUUACAACAACCACAUCAACAUCUACAGCUGAAACAACUACCACAACAUCUACAGCUACAUCAACUACCUCAACAUCUACACCUGAAACAAGUACCAUAACAUCUACAGCUGAACCAAUUACCACAUCAUCUACAGCUGAACCAAUUACCACAUCAUCUACAGCCACGCCAACUACCACAAAACCUACAGCUACACCAACCACCUCAACAUCUACAGCUGAACCAAUCACCACAACAUCUACAUCUACAGCUACACCAACUACCACAACAUCUACAGCUACAUCAACUACCACAACUACUACAGCUACACCAACCACCUCAACAUCUACAGCUGAACCAAUUACCACAACAUCUACAUCUACAGCUACAGCUACACCAACUACCACAACAUCUACAGCUAUGCCAACUACCACAACAUCUACACCUGAAACAAGUACCAUAACAUCUACAGCUGAACCAAUUACCACAUCAUCUACAGCUGAACCAAUUACCACAUCAUCUACAGCCACGCCAACUACCACAAAACCUACAGCUACACCAACCACCUCAACAUCUACAGCUGAACCAAUCACCACAACAUCUACAUCUACAGCUACACCAACUACCACAGCAUCUACAGCUACACCAACUACCACAACAUCUACAGCUACACCAACCACAUCAACAUCUACAGCUGAACCAAUAACUACAACAUCUACAGCUGAACCAAUAACCAUAACGUCUACAGCUACACCGACUAUCACAACGUCUACAGCUACACCAACUACCACAACAUCAACAGCUACACCAACUACUACAACAUCUACAGCUACUCUAACUACCACAACAUCUACAGCUACACCAACCACAUCAACAUCUACAGCUGAACCAAUAACUACAACAUCUACAGCUGAACCAAUAACCAUAACUUCUACAGCUACACCGACUAUCACAACAUCUACAGCUACACCAACUACCACAACAUCAACAGCUACACCAACUACCACAACAUCUACAGCUACUCUAACUACCACAACAUCUACAGCUACACCAACCACAUCAACAUCAACAGCUGAACCAAUUACUACAACAUAUACAACUGAACCAAUUACCACAACAUCUACAUCUACAGCUACACCAACUACAAUAACAUCUACAGCUAUACCAACUACCUCAUCAUCUACAGCUUCCCCAACUACCACAAAAUCCACAACAAUACCAAUCACCUCAACAUCUACAGCUGAACCAAUUACCUCAUCAUCUACAACUCUAACAACCACCACAAUAUCUACCACCAAACCAACUGCCACAACAUCCAUAACGCUACCAACCACCGCAACAUCUAGACAUCCUGAUAUCUCGACAAUAACAUCUUCUGGAACACCUAUGUCAUCUACAUCUGAAACAAUUUCAACUGAUGUCUUUACUUCAAGUCCUGAUGUCUCAACAUUGUCAUCUUCUGUAACGCCUACAACUACAGAUAUGUCGUCCACAUCUGAAACAAUUUCAACUGAUGUCUUUACUUCAAGUCCUGAUAUCUCAACAUUGUCAUCCUCUGUAACACCUAUAACUACAGAUAUGACAUCCACAUCUGAAACAAUUUCCACUGAUGUCUUUAGCUCAAGUACUGAUUUCUCAACAUUGACAUCUUCUGUAACACCUAUAACUACAGAUAUGUCAUCCACAUCUGAAACAAUUUCCACUGAUGUCUUUAGCUCAAGUACUGAUUCCUCAACAUUGACAUCUUCUGUAACACCUAUAACUACAGACAUUUCAUCCACAUCUGAAACAAUCUCCACUGAUAAUUUUAGCUCAAGUCCUGAUGUCAGUACAACCACAUCUUCAACAACAUCAGUAACAGACUCAUCACUAACAAUUACGACAGGCACAACUUCAAAUACAACCGUACCAACUGUUACAAGGGGAACGACUACUUCAAACAUGCCUGUUUCUACAACAGAUUCUACUAUAAUUACCAGAAUAUUACCUACAACAAGCCUGGAGACAUCUGUGACUGCAACAACUUUAAGUUCGGUGGAAUCGACAAGUGCUUCUCCUACGACAUCAUCAAAAACAAAUUUUUGGGAGAGAUAUGCUGUAAAAGAAAUAGUUAUUGUUGGGGCCUUAACGUGUGUUUCAGUGUUUUCUAUUUUAUAUUGUUUUAUUAAAUUAUUACCACCAAUUACAUAAUUUUAAAAAUUAUAUUCUAAAUUAUUCAGAUGGUAACCACCGAAGGCGUGAACAAUUUCUACAAUGUCUGUAUGCAAAAUUUGGUUGUUGGCCACAUUUUUAGACCCAAUCUGAAGAAAAAAACUUUAUGCGAAACACAAAUAUUUUGUUUAACAAAAACAUAUAGUCUCAUUGCUCUCUCUGAGAAACAUAUAUUAGUUCAGGUUCUAUGUGAAUUCUAUGUGAUUUUCUAGUAUUAAUACUUAAAAUAUAAAUGUAAACGAAAUUAUAAGUCUAGUCUUGGUAACAGAAAUGCAAAUCGGAAUUUUGCUUAUUAGUGUCAUGACACUCAGCCUAUUUGAAAUGCUUUCUUUUCUAAUGUAGUGUGCAUUUCAUAAAGGAUCUCACUAAUUCAAAAUGUCUUUAAUAUCCCAAAGAAAAUACCUCACUCAAUCUACAAUUAAUUCAAUUAGUGAAUUAAGUUUAUUUUAUAUUUACUUAAUAUUUAAUUGCUGUUAAUUGUAAAUAAC